CAACCACCGCUAUGCACUGCCAUACUCUUCGAUCCACUCUCUCACCUCUAGAGCCGCCGUCUGUCGCUCAAAUACGUCGCCAACCCUCCCUACCUCUCCAUGCUGCUCAACGGGGAGCAGUGUCGGCGGAAACGACAUCGAGAAGAGGAAGAAGAACAAGAAGAACAACACGAAGAGGCCUUAGCCCUACCAGCCGAUAACCAGCAGCAGCAUCCCACGAAGAGGAGGAAGAAGGCACACACUCCCAAUUAUCCUCCACGGUUCUGGGACACGCUGUCCAGAGUGCAUCUGACUCGCAGAGCACUGCAAGAAUUCGACCGUCGAACGGAAACAGCUCGCCUCGUGUUGAGCGCGGAAACAAUCAAGUCUUCGACCCGACGCCUGCUGAGAUCCGAUACUCAUCGCCUUUUGCAUUUCGCAAGCAACGGCGGGCCAGACCUGAACGCGCUUCAAGGUUUUUCUGCUCUUCCUGCUGUUGAGGCAAGUAUGAGCCAAUCGAGCACCCAAAGCCGCAAAAGAGACUUCUCGUCGAGCACGGCGAGGAGCAGUGGUGCAAGAAAGACGAAGACUACAACGCCCUACAGUCCCGAGUUCGAGCAGAAGCUUGCCGAUCGGGGCGUCUUCUCUGUUGCAUAUUGCUUCGCAGAUGGACGCAGUCCACCAAAUCCGAAUAACAUACAGGAGCUUAUGGACGCAUUGUCGCGCCGAAGGUCUUCCCUGUCAUCGACUGCUUUCUCCGAAGAAGCGUUUCAAGAGUUUCGACGUAACGAUACGAGAGCAUCGGAGUCUGCCGCGAUGGCCGACUUACUCCCAGUCAUAGCAGGGCCGAAGGACAAGGAUUAUAAUCCUAAUGGCGAGGUCCCUUUCCUCCGCUUAGAGAAAUUUGAUCCAUAUAUUUCGGUUCCGAAACCAGACAGGUACUAUGGAGCAAUGCCAGCACAAAUUGAUGGCAGUGUGCGCAGUGACCUCACCAACUACAUCAUUCCAUCCAAUCGCACCAAUCUGCCAGCGGCCCCGAAUUUCUUUGUCGAAAUGAAAGGCAUUUCCGGGAGGGGGAACAUAGCAGCGCUGCAGGCUAUGUACGAUGGCGCGGUCGGGGCUAAAGGCAUCUUGCAUUUGCAGAACUACGGCAAUGCCGUGCCAGUGCAUGACGCCAAUGCAUAUACGAUAACGGUCACCUAUUGUAAUAGCACGCUAAAGAUCUAUGCUACUCACCCACGAGAAUCUGAAAGAGGAGGAGAAACAGAGUAUUUCAUGACUGAACUCAAGGCUUAUGGAAUGACAAGCGAUCCGGAGACUUUUCGUAAGGGUGCAGCCGCGUACCGUAACGCUAGGGAAUGGGCUCAGGAACAGCGUGACAAUUUUAUUACCAAUGCGAACGCUGCUGCACUACGAAUGUCUGCUGAUCGAGUCUCAGUCAGCCGAACUGAAGUCACUGCGGAUGCUUCAUCUACUGCAGCUGGAGGGUCUUUCGUGUCGGAAACGUCUGCAGACGAGCUCGCGUCGGACACCCAUACUGUCAAGCGACGAAGGGCAUAACCAUCACGAGAACUUCGCGGAGGAGCCUUGUCUUCCGAUUCAUGGUUCUAGCGUCAUGUGAAACGAGUACGGGACAGGGCCGAGAGUGUUCAGUUACAUGAAUGAUUGUUUUUGAGAUGUAUUCGCCAUGUUCGAAUCAGGGUGUAUUUCAGUCGUUUCGGUAUGUACGUGGGAUAUUCGCCGCAAAGCAUCUGCACUGUGGGCGGAUUUAGACAGCAUUAGAUACAGACAAAUGUUAGAUACAGAAUCUGAAUCUAGACAGGACAACAGUCAAGUCAGGAC